AUGGGGUUACCUUCAACAAUAUCCUUAGACAGCACCUGGUGGAUGUUCACACUUCCAGCCAUAGCAACAGGAACAGAAAACCUCCUCAAUAAUCUCUUUGUGGUGAUCCUAAUUGCACUUUUCUCCAUUGGGUUUCUAACUAUGAUCCCAAGAGGAGGUGUAGCAUGGAGAAACACCAGGACCCAAAUGGGACAAAUCCCUAUACCAGGACCCAAAGGACUUCCCAUCUUCGGCAUUUUAUUCAGCUUGAACCAUGGCCUCCCUCACCGUACCCUCGCAUCCAUGGCUUCCACUGUAUCCGCCACCAAACUCAUGGCCUUCAGCUUAGGUUCAACCCCUGCAGUUAUCACCUCAAAUCCUCACACAGCCCGUGAAAUCUUGAACUCACCCCACUUCGCAAACCGUCCCGUAAAACAGUCCGCUAAGAGCCUCAUGUUCACUCGCGCCAUCGGGUUCGCACCCAACGGCGCCUAUUGGCGCUCGUUGCGCAGGGUCGCCUCCGCCCACCUCUUCUCUCCACGGCGCAUCGCCGCCCAUGAGGCCGGGCGAAGGCUUCACUGCGCCGCCAUGCUGGCUGCUGUAGCUCGUGAACAAUCCGAACACGGAUUCGUUUCACUAAGGAAACAUCUCCAAGAUGCAGCUCUUGACAACGUUAUGAGCACCGUUUUUGGAAAAAGGUACAACCGAGAAGAUAACGGCUGCGAGCUGCAUGAGAUGGUGAGGGAAGGGUUUGAGCUCUUGGGAGCUUUCAACUGGUCUGAUUAUGUGCCUUGGAUCAGCUUCUUCUAUGACCCUUUGCGUGUUCGAGAACGGUGUUCCGCUCUGGCUCCUCGCGUUAAGAGGUUUGUGAUGAAGGUUCUAAAUGAGCACCGAAGAAUUGCUUCAUUCAAGGAGCUUUCUGAUGGCUCUGACUUUGUGGAUGUUCUCCUAUCUCUAGAGGGGGAUGAGAAGCUCCAAGACGACGACAUCAUUGCCAUUUUAUGGGAGAUGAUAUUUCGUGGCACGGACACAACGGCACUUCUUACCGAGUGGGUAAUGGCUGAGCUUGUUUUGAACCAAAAAAUUCAGACAAGGCUUCGUAAGGAGCUUAACAAUGUUUUUGGCAACAACAAAAGUGAUGUCACCGACGCUGACUUGGUCAAACUUCCAUACCUCGAAGCCAUUGUGAAGGAAACACUUCGAGUCCAUCCAAUUGGGCCCCUCCUCUCAUGGGCUCGUCUUUCCACGUCAGAUGUCCAGCUCAGCAACGGGAUGGUGGUCCCGGCCAACACCACAACGAUGGUGAACAUGUGGGCCAUAACGCACGACCCUAGCGUAUGACAUAACCCACUGGUGUUCAAGCCGGAGAGGUUCCUGAAGAGUGAAGGAGGGGUUGAAGUGGAUGUGAGAGGCGGUGACAUCAGGCUUGCACCGUUUGGAGCUGGGCGGAGGGUUUGCCCUGGUAAGAACUUGGGUCUUGUGACCGUGAGCCUUUGGGUGGCUAGGUUGGUUCACAAGUUUCAAUGGCUACAAGACAUAGCUAACCCUAUUGACCUUACUGAGGUGCUCAAGCUGUCUUGUGAGAUGAAGAACCCCCUCAAAGUUGUGGCUAUUCCUAGGGCUGGUUGA